AGAUGGCCGCCGGCGGCUUCGGUGUGGCCGGAGGUGAGGGGUGAGGGGUGGCGGCAGCGGCGGGGCUCCGGGAAGAUGGCAGAGAGCGAGCGGCGGGCAGGCACCACUGAGGAGGUGACUCCUCCCCUCCAGCAAUGCUUCAUGAUCCCCAAAAAGGAGAUAAACAUGGUUUCUGACAUGGCCAAGUGGAAGCGUUCUCAGGCAUAUGCAGAUUACAUGGGCUUCAUCCUCACUCUGAAUGAAGGUGUCAAGGGCAAGAAGCUGACCUGCGAAUACAAGGUUUCAGAGCCCAUUGAAAAGCUGGUGGCUCUCCUGAACACCCUCGACAGAUGGAUUGAUGAAACCCCACCAGUGGAUCAACCCUCUCGCUUUGGGAACAAAGCCUUCAGGACCUGGUAUGCCAAACUAGACCAGGAAGCAGAGAAGUUGGUGGCAACAGUGAUUCCCAAGCAUUUGGCUGCUGCUGCACCAGAAGUGGCUGUGUACUUGAAGGAAUCCGUGGGGAAUUCCACCCGCAUUGACUAUGGCACAGGUCAUGAAGCUGCAUUUGCAGCCUUUCUCUGCUGCCUCUGCAAAAUCGGUGUGCUCAGAGUGGAUGACCAGAUGGCCAUUGUCUUUAAAGUAUUUAACAGGUACCUCGAAGUGAUGCGAAAACUUCAGAAGACCUACAGGAUGGAGCCUGCUGGCAGCCAGGGCGUGUGGGGCUUGGAUGACUUCCAGUUUCUGCCUUUCAUAUGGGGCAGUUCCCAGCUGAUAGACCAUCCAACUCUGGAGCCUCGACACUUUGUUGAUGAGAAGGUGGUAAAUGAAAACCAUAAGGACUUCAUGUUCUUGGAGUGCAUCCUGUUCAUUACAGAGAUGAAGACGGGUCCCUUUGCUGAGCACUCCAACCAGCUCUGGAACAUCAGCGCCGUGCCCUCCUGGUCCAAGGUCAACCAGGGCCUCAUCCGCAUGUACAAGGCAGAGUGCCUGGAGAAGUUUCCUGUGAUCCAGCACUUUAAGUUCGGCAGCCUGCUCCCCAUCCAGCCUGUGACGUCCUAAGGAGGCCGCAGGAGGAGCAGAGGCAGCGGAGUCAUAGUGCGGCGCUCUUCCUCCUCCCCUCACCCCCUCCUCAUCACCGUGCCCGUCACACACAGCCCAUUCAUUCCUGCACAUCCUCAUCAGCAACCACAGAUCCAAAGCACUCGCUGGCCUUGCAUGGGAGAUGGGACAUGGAGCAGCUCCUCCUGCACGGCCUCAGCACGUGGAUGUGUCACCAGCGCCCAAGGCAGGGCUGUGCUUCGCUCUGCAGCGUGGCUGCUGUGAAUGGGGUUUGAGUAGGGGCUGCCUUGUAGCAAAGACCCUAUGGUGGGAGGGGGGUGUGGAGGGGAGGAAGGCACAUGUGUAUGUGUCGGGCAGUGGUAACUGCAAGUUCCCUUUUGAAGUUCAUUGAAGUUUCCUGUUGCUGUUUGGUUUGCGAGGGGUGAGGUGUGAGCCCGCGCGUGUCUGUGUGCAGCCACCUCUGCUCGCAUGGGGAGGGCUGAAAUGGGUCAAGGAAGUUGUAGGGAAUGUCUGUGGGUUGCUGGAAGCCCAGGGUUCACCCUUCCCUUCUUGUGGAUAAUGAAAGCCCCCUCCCUCCGUCUCUUCUGCAAGGUUCCCUGGGUCUUUCUUUCCCACCACCGCCUCUUCUCUUGGGUGAAGCUGGAAUCCUUUCUGGGCUGUGAGGGGCUGAGCUGGCUCUGGAGCCAGACUCGAGUUCCCUGAGGGACCCGGUUCUGUGGGAACAGCUAUGAGAAGACACUGCUUGAGCGGUGCCUGCUGAGGCUCCCUCUUAACGGGCACAAAACCUCACACGUUCACACACAUUCAUCACUGGGUCCAACCUGCCCUCUGGACUCCCUGUUUCCUCCCCUGUGCUUUGCUGCCCCGGGGCUGGGCUGGCCUCAGUGGCACGAGGUGACCGUGGUUGCUACUGCUUGGUCAUAAAUUGUAGUGACAGCCCCAGAGCAAAGGGAUUUCCCCUCGAAGCAGCAUGUUCCCCAGCUCUUUUAGGGAGGCAUCCCCAGAGCAAAGGCAGCAUGAGGGGGUAAGCAUGCAGCUUUACAUGCGUUUAUAUACUUGUGCUGAAACAGAAAGCAUAAAUAGUCUGGGUUAGCAGGUUAUACCUGAAGAAAGCUCUUUCCCUUUGUCAUUCCCUGCUGGUGUUGCUGUGCUGGACCUUGGGGAAGAGGGACCACACUUCCAGUGCCAAGAGCAGCAGCAUCUCAAAGGCAGGUGAAUGGAUGGAGAUAUGGUCCAGAUCAUGCCAGCAGCAUCACUUGGGGGCCAGGAACGGCUGGUGCUGGGUUUGAGAUGAGCUGGUGUGGAUUGACCGAGGUGGUCAUAGCUUUGCAUCUGGAGAGGGGACGUUUCUUCUGGGGGGCUCCCAGGCUGGGAGUGAGGGACAUGGGGCUCUGGUGUGGUGUUUGCAGCAGGGAUCCUUUCCCUGGCAGUCCCACAAAGCAGGAGGGGGCAGUGGGGCUGCCCCAGCCAGGCUGUGGCACUGGUGGUGGUGGUGGGGAACCUGCCUGUGGCUUUUUAACUUCACUUUGUAUUUUCUUCACUCUUUUUGUCAGACCAGCUCACUCCUCUUGUAAAGGUUCUUGGGGGAGGGAGAGCAAGGAAAGAGUCUAAAUAGAGGCAGUGAAAUGCAGGUGUCUGUAGAGCUAAAGCAGAGCUCUCCAGCGCUGCUAUUGUCUCGUCUGCUUCUUGCUCGGCCCUGGGCAGGGACAAGGAUCUUUUGACCUGCUGAAACAACCCUAUAAGCUUGCAUUUGGAAUGAAACUGGAAGACUGGGGUUAAGUCUUGAUUUACUCCUUAAUGGGAUAUGUGUUUUGUGUUGGCUUUCCAAACAGAUCCAUUCCUGGUGUGGUGCUGGUGGUCAGUGUGCUUGCUGGGACCCAAUGGGUUCAUCUUCAGAGGAGCGGUUUAGUGCCAGGAGUGGGAUGACAGGCAUUCCAUGCUGUGUGGCUUUUGGCAAGUGUCACCAUGCUUGAAGUGGCUCUGCAGCAUCCGGCUGGCAAUGGCUGAGCUAGAGCCCAUGGUAUCCCAAAGCUGCCCAAGAUCAGGAAUGUGUCUCUCCAGUCAUCCCAUGGAAAUGGGGCUUCCAUGCAAAAGGAUGGGUAGAAACGUUGACAUCCAUGCAUGGGAGGCACACCAAGAGGAUGACACACGGCACCAAAACCGGGUGGGGAGGAGCUUCCUUCCCCUGCAGCUGCAGCCACUGCUCCCUGGGGAUGGUGUCCCUGCACCGGGGACCUGCCCAGAGGAGGAUGCUCACGUUGAGCUCUGUGUUUCUGGCUUGCCUGAGUCUGCAGAUGUGUCCUGCUUAGGGGGGAUUUGGACUUCAAACAGCUGAUUCUUGUCUGAGUCUUAUCCCCCCGCUUGGGAUGUGCCCCUGUUGUGUGGCUAUCGGCUGCUUGCCUUCCCCUCACUGCCACCUCUACUGUCCUCAGGGCUCUGCUCCUCUAUCUAUGGCUCCACACAGGUGGCAGCUCCUCCACCUCCACCACUGUGGUUUUGAUUCAAGUCUCUGUGUUUUGCACUGGGGACUCUGUUAGUGUCCCCCCAGACUGGGGUUUGCUCUUCCCUUGGGAGCAGAGCCAGCAUGGCUGGAGCCUUCAGCACAGGGAAGAGGCUUUGUGGAGGCACUUGGCUGUGUUGGUGCCUGAUCUCUUGCACCAGAAUUGGCUUAUUUGACUGCAUGAAGCAGGUGUAUUGUCUGUCUGUGUCUCCUUCCUGUGUCUUUCUAUCAUAGGUAUGUUUGUUUAAUCAACACUUUGGCUGUGUCCAUCCCCCUCUGUCCCAGCUUGCGUUUGGCAGGCAGGUGAUGUGCGAAGCCUGUUCCCAGGCCAGCAAAUACCUUGAAGAUCAGAGACUUUGGUAACCAAAGGAUGCUUGAGCCUUGUUUGUGAAGCAGGGGGAGAACUGGAACCCUUUUGCUUUAGCUGUUUCUCCUGUCCUGCUGUAGGGGCUGAUUUGGACCUUCCAACAUCAGUUUAGUCAGCAGCUUUGUUGGAUUCCCAUAGGGAAUCAUACCUGGACCUUCUCAGGAGUGGUUGGAGUGAAUAUAGAUGUGCUUUGCAAACGCUGAUGUUCUUGUCUCUGAGUUAUAUCUUCUCCGUCAACACAGGCCAACUGUGUGAGUGCAUGUUGCUAAAAGCAGCAGCAGGGUGGAGGGAGGGAUGGAUGGUGAGCAGGAAUAUCCUCUUGGAUCAUAGAUGUUUUUGAAGGCACUUGAAUUCAUCCUGAGCACGUCCCUUGGUGACCGUGACGCGCUGGGAAGGGGAAGCAGAUGUAGUGUGGGUUUCUCACCAUCUUCCCCAUCAGCCCAACUGACCAACCCAGGCUUUUAAGCUCAGUUUUCCCAACUGAAUCCUUCGGGGUUGCCAUUCUUUGGCUGGUUUGUGGUGUUAUUCAACACUGUCUUCACAUCCCUCCUUUACAAGUGGUUGUUCAUGGCAGCCAGGAAUAAAUGAAGUAAGAGUUAAGCAGCCGCGUGCAGUGAUGGUAGUGAAAGAAUAGAACUGUUUCAUGCCAUUGUUGCUGCAUUAACUUGUCCCUGGUGUGCAGCUCAGUUCCAUUACGUAGCGCUGGGUUCCUGCUAUGAAAUAAACAAGUCCCCACUGCAGGACCAGCAGUUGGUGAGCAGCAAAACCUGAGCUGGCAGUUUCCAGGAUGCAGAUGUGCUUUGUAUCCCAAGGAGCUGGUGUAGAACCAUGCACGAGCCCUGGAUGCUGCACUGUGUCCAUGGAACUGUGUUGACUUCCUUCCUGAGAGAGGGAAGGAGGCAGAAAUGGGUGGGAGAAGGUGGGAUUGGUUGUUAAGGAUAGCUGCUAACAUGACCUGAACUCUCCCGCUGUCAAUGUGCCAGUGGGACCCUACUAUGGUUGAGAAGCCCACAGGGAUCUCAUCGCUGCUUCAACAAGCAACUUCUCAGAUGUAGAACAGAACCAGGCUUUUGGAGGUCAUUUCAUGCUCCAAUGGCCAAGAGGAGACAUCUUCAUCCUUUAACGUUGCUUCCCCUUCGGUGGAUGAGCACUCUUCCCUUUGGCAUUGGAACAAGCUCCUUGAGCAUCCUUGGGACUAACACCUCUUUCCCUGGACUGAUCUUAUGCGAAUUGUGCCAAACUCCAAACUAGGAUGAACCAGAGAAAGGGCUGAACCCCGACGAGCAUCUUCAGCUUGGAGAGCUGCUCGUUGUGAAGAGCAGGAGGCUGGGAGCAGGCUUUGGAGGUUAGAGGAGGCUUUUGAGGAGGUGAAGUGGGUGCUUCUGCUUGCUAUAAAAAGCCUGGGCUUGGGAAUGUCUACAUCGGGCGGCUCUGUGCAGGGCAGAAAUAGUUGUUGAAAUUGGAAGGAGUCGCUCCCCAUGUUCCUGGUUGCAGCUGUAACACUGAUAAUAAAUAACAUCAAAAUCCCCCAUCA